AUGAGCGAUCAAGGAGCUGGACGGUCUUACUACCGUGACGAUGAGAUAGUUGUGGACAGAGAUGGGCUGCCUCACUACACCGGCCAGAAUCCUGAUUUGCUCAAGGAGUAUAAGAAGAGAGUCACGCUGGCGCUGGCGCGAUUGGAAGGCAGUGGAGAUGACGAAGAAGCGAUCGCGUUGAGCCUCGGGAAGAAGAAGCGCAGAUUCAGGGUGAAGCUGCUCGACGGACUACAUGGUCGGGCAUGGCGACGCGCAGAGCACCUCGCACAGGAGACCGCAGAAGUACGUGCUGAUGGCGGCGAGAGGCGGAUCUUCGAGGCGCUGGCGACGCUGGACAAGGAUGCCAUAGUUAAGAAGGGCAUGGCGUUCGAUAAUUUCUUCAAGCGGAGUUUUCGGAAGCGAGGCACCGACAUGGGCGAGUACCUCUCGAAUAAGGAAAAGCUGUGGGAGGACUUGCAGGAGCGCGACGAGAACACCACGCUUUCGGACGAUCUGAUGGCGUACUUCCUGCUGGACGGCGCGAACCUCACGGACGAGCAGAAGCACAACAUCGUUCUCAACAGCAACUCGGAGUACAACCUGGAUAUGUUCCAGCACACGUUGAGAAAAGAGAGACGGAGCGCGCCGACAAGCACCCGCAAGCAGAAGUGGCAGAACCGGCGCGGCGGCAAGGCGAACCAGGUCGAGGACAACAAUAGCGGCGACGAGGACGACAUCACGGAUGAGGAGUUCGAAGAGGGCGCCCACGCGGCGGACGGCGACCAAGAGGCUGCGAGCGACGCCGGAGCCAGUAACGACGACGACGUGUUCGAGGCCUACAGCGCCUACGACGCGGCGAGGGAGAAGCUGAAGGACACGCAGAAGCAGCGUGGGUUCUUCAAAGGCGAGGUGACCUUCGAGGAGCGUCAGGAGCAGAUCAAGGAGGAGAAGAAGCGCACGCGCUGCGGAGCGUGUGGUCGCAUCGGGCACUGGGCAGGAGACGCUGUGUGUCCGAAGACAGGGAAGCAAGGCGACAAUAAGUUCGGUGGAGGACGAGGCGGAGGCCGCGGAAGCGGCAAGCCCAAGGCUAAUAAGCCUGGGCGCGGAGGCAAGUCGUACUUCACGCUCGACGGCGCCGUAGACGAGGACGAGCUGAUGGAAGAGGCGACCUCCUUCGUGGUGCGCGGCGACGACGUCUCGUGCGACCGCGACGGGACGAACGAGGAGCAGGACUCGUUCUACACGGACUCGGAGGAGGAGCCAGACGACGAGCGCGAGGACGACAGCUACCACAACAGGGACUACGACCAGGACAGGAAGAAGUCGGCAGGAGCGGCGAGCAGUGGAGAGGCGGCCCCGAGGCCGUCGGCAGCACCAGAGGACAUCCCGACCACGCCAGAUUUCAGGGCCUGGAAGCAGUACGAGCUCAAGAGUCACCUCAGCGAGCUCGGGCUCCAGACCAACGGCAAGGAGGAUAUCUUGAUCGAGAGGCUCGAGGGGCGCUACUCGGGCAAGGCGCAGGUCAAGAUGGGGUGCAGUGUGUCAAGGACCGCAGCGGCGUUCUCGGACGGGACUUUGACGAGAGCACCGGGCGAGAACAUCAAGUGCGCGGACUGCGGCAAGUACGGGCAUCACGGAGGAGACAAGCUCUGCCCGCUCUACGCCGAGAUUCAGGCCUACCAGCAGGCGAAGCAGCGCCAGGAGCUGGAGAAGACCGCAGAGGUCCCGCUGACCAAGCCGAACAUCUCGAAGCAGCAGAAGGAGAUUGGCGCCAAGUCACUGGGCGCAAGGCCAAAGGCAGCAGCUACAUCGUCAAGAGCGUCCACAUCCUGGGAGUUUGUGGACGAGGACAACACGUUCAUCGAGCAGCUGACCUGUCCGAAGUGCCGCCGCCAGGGCACGCAAGUGAAGAGCGACAACCUGGGCGGCGACAAGUUCUACGGGUGCCUGAACUUCAACACCACCAUGCGGUGCAAGGGCACGAUCAACUGGACGACUGGUCAGCAGAUGCUGCGCGAUGGCGGCCCUUCGGGCCGUUCUCAAGGAUGCAUAAGCCGUCUUGAGGAGCCUCUGAGGUCAAGGACGUGGGCAGCCAUUUUGGCAUCGCCCGACGAGCUCGCCGCCGCGCAGCUCGACCCGCAGAGCCUCGCCCUGUUCAAUGCCGGGGGCCAGGUUAGCGGCAGCAGGCUGGGACACUCACAGUUCGCCUUCGCCGUGGGGCGCACUGACUGCAACAUAAUUAAUUGCGACGUGGUGGCCCUUGUGGACACCGCCUGUGCCCUUUGUAUGCGCAGCAAUAACUGGGGAGAGAGGUUCGAGAAGCACUUACCUCCUGGCCUUACCUGCAGGAAGACGGGCAUCCAGCGGAAGUUCACCUUCGCGAACGGCUCCAAGCAGCAGGGCGACGUCUACGUGAUCCCGAUCGGCAUUGGAGGAUUCAGAGGAGAGGCGCACUCGACCGAGAUCGACCGGGACGACUCCACUAUGAAGAAUGCGACACACCUAGGUAUCGAUGUAUCGCAGUUCGGAGAUGACCAAGAUUCGGUACUACAACGUAUGGAGCUCAAGUCAUCCCAGGGCGACGCGAUCGUGCACCUCGCGACGUGCAUGGACGUGGUCAGGGGUGGCUAUGCAUAUCUGGAGAACGACGAUUGCGACGAUGAGGAGACUUGCGACACUGUCAAGAUAGAUGCAAUUCGUCGCCAGGGCGCGGGCUCGAAUGAUGAGACUGGCCAGAAGUCGGAUAUCUCCUUGGCAGCGAGGGGUGUGCGUAAGUCAGAAACGAGAGGCGAGCUCGCCAAUCGAAGAGCACAGGAGUUGUCAACUACAGCUUCAAGAAUAGCGGCUGAGGAGAAGCGGACUUGGGCGACGCUCAAGAAGGAGUAUACGCUCACAGAGAGGAUGGCCACAUCAGGUUUCAAAAAGACGAUGAUCUUCGAGCCUUGGGGCGGCAGCUCUAUCGCUGCACGAGUGGCACCAGGAGUUUUUGGUUGGACGAAUUCGCAGCCGCUGGACAAGAUAGACGACUGCGACCUGAUGACCAAGGAAGGCGAGGAUUUGCUCUUCGAGAUCCUCGACGAGCACGGCCCGUACCUCACGAUCACUGUCUUCGAUUGCCGCAUAUGGUCAGUUAUGACGAACGUGAGCCCGACGGUGGAUUGGGAGACUCUGCGAAGGACUUACGGAGUUCGAGUGCUCACGUCGGUGAAGCGCAUUUGCUCACGCCGUUAUAAGAGGCAUCGAUAUUUUCUAGCAGAACAGCCAUGGUCAGCAGCUUCCUGGAAGUACAAUAACAUCUUGGCUGAGAUCUACGCGCUGCCGAAUGUCUGGUUCGCCUGCGGAGCUCAGUGCGGUUUCGGCAAGAAGGACAUCGACAGCGGCAAGCCCAUCCAGAAGCUGGCCGGCUACCUCGCGAACGGCCAGUGCGUUCUCAACAAGUUGGCUAUCCCCUGCAAGUGCAAGACUGCUCGCGAGAUGGUGGAGGGCAACAACUCCGCCGGGAAGAGAGCAGCUCAGGCAGCGGCCUGCCCUCCGAGGAUGGCGACGGCGAUCUGCGAAGGAGUGAAGCAGCAUAUGGAGAUCGACAGCGCCGCCGCACUCGCCAACGGACACAUGGAGUCGAGCCUCCCUGUGGGCGAUGGGUUGGCCACCGAGCUUCCCUCCAAGAAGGGGCAAAGCUACUCGGAGGGGCAGGCGGACUCAGGCGGAGACAUGGCCAAGGAGAAAGUCGACAAGGUGAUGGAGAUGUUCAGUAGUUUCGUCGGCUUCCUCACGCCCCUCACCUUGCUGUGGCCUUCGGUGGACAGGAGGGCCGCCGAGAUUGCCGAGCUCGAGGAGGCGUCCGCCAGCGUGAAGCUGAUUAUGGUACGACGGAAUCCACGUUCUCUGCUCGCAGUGGUGCCUCACUUGCAUACUUCUCAGGCGCCUAUGCGGACUGCCUACGCUCGGUCCGAGCGUGGCGUGUGGUCCGAGCUCGGCUGGGAGGAUUGGACCAACUUGUCGCCGCAGCAGCGGGUGAUGAAGAUCGCCGGGGCCGACCUACUCAUCAUGGUGUACGGCGCGCAGAUCGGCGAGGCAGAGGACGGCGAGCAAGAUAAGGAGACUAUGAGGAAGCAGCGAUGGGAUCAGCUACCACGCGAUCUGAAGGUGGCGAUCCGACGCUUGCACGAGAACCUGGGUCACGCGCCGAAGAUCGAGAUGCUAAGGGCCUGGAGGAUUUCGAGAGCCUCGGAGGCCGCGAUCAAGGCGUGCAGGCUUUUCUCCUGCGAGCACUGUGAACGCACGAGGCGACCGCUGCUGGCGAAGCCGAGCAAGUUGCCGAGCGUCGACGAGUUCAACGUUGUCGUGGGCUUUGACACCUUUGCCGAGAAGGACGCAGACCAAGCAGAGUGGCAGUUUCUGAAUAUUGUCUGCUUGGGAUGGUUUCAGGUGGUUGCUUUACUUGGCGAAGUUCACGAGAUGACGGGCUCAACCACGGUGCUGGAGACCUACGAGUUGUGCUGGGCAUCUUGGGCCGGUGAGUCUGAGGUUGGAGUCAUCGUCGACAGGGCCAAGGGCUUCCUGGGCAGUUUUUCUGAGCACAUGUCGAGUCGAGGGUGCAGAUUUGAUUCAGCCGCCAAGGCGGCAGCGUGGCAUAUUGCCAAGGUCGAGCGUCACGGAGACCUGGCAAGCCACGUCGCUGGGUGCGAGGACGUCCUGAAGGCCGUGAUAGAGAUCAACCAGGCGAAGAACUCGCUGAGCAGGAGGUCUGGCUUCUCACCGGCGCAGUGGGUGCUGGGAAGAGAUAUUCGCCUCCCGGCAGACCUCAUGGACGACGGCGAGGUUGAGAGGAUCGGUGCCAUUGCGGCAUCGGCUACCCCGACAUCGAAGUUUGCCAGGAAGUGCGCGCUGCGGCAGGCGGCGCGGGAGGCCCGCGCGAAGAUGGCCAACGAGGACGCGAUCAAGAGGGCCGAGCUUCGACAAGUUCGACCAGAACGCGGACCUUUCAACGUGGGCGACUGGGUUUUCUACUACGACCAAAAGGAGCAGGGCAAAAGGCCCGAGAGCGUUAUUAACUGGAGAGGAGUCGCACGCGUGAUAGGUCACGAGGGUAAGCGCGCGAUCUGGAUCGUGCACCGCGGGAUCACGAUCGCCUGCGCUCCCGAGCACCUUGCCAAGGCUUCCGACGAGGAGGUCCGAUCAUGGCUGGUGACGGCGCAGGAGGCGGAUUUGAUAGACACCACGGGGCGGCUGGAGGCAAUGGAUUUAUCGAUCUACGACGACGGCCUUUUCCCCCAGAGUUUCGAGAAGAUGGAGGACCAGUUCAACCAGAACCAGCGGCGGCUCAGCCACCGCCAGAGGCACCGCCGCCAGAGGUGCCGCAGCCGGCAGAGCGUGAAGCACCUGCCGAGAGCGGCACAAGCGGAGGACCCGAUGGAGGACGCGGUGAAGGAUUUUGUCAACGAGGCGAAGAGACAGAAGUUGCUGGAUGACGUCCCCGAGUCGAUCAAGACGGACGACGCCUUUCAGGUCUACGAGGAUAAGGACUCUAUGAUCAACGAGGCCUACUCAGCAUAUGACGUCAACCAGUCCUUCUACGCCGAGCACGAGGUCAGUAAGGAGGUUUUCGCCUUCGGCGUCGAGCGUAAUGAGUUCGAGUGCUCCUAUGAGGCUGGCCCGACAGUGGCGAAGAAGGGGAGAAAAGAGUUACACUUGAAGGAGCUCGACGAGGCAAAGCGACAGUUAUUUAUUAGACCUGGAGGUUCGGAUGAGAAGGAGUGGAAGGCCUGGCAAGAUCUGGAUGCUUGCGAUGCGCUGAGCCUCGGCGAGAGUGAGCAGAUCUGGGAGACCAAGCGCGACCUGAUCAUACCGGCCAAGUGGGUGAGAACCAACAAGAGUGAGGGCGUUUUGGACGCCGAGUUCGAGGCGAAGUCGAGGAUGGUGGUCCAGGGCUUCAAGGACAAGAGCCUCGGCGAAUACCGAAGAGAUGCGCCAACAGCAUCGAAGUUGGCGGAGGCAAUGGCGUUGCUCGUGAUCGCCAGCAUGGGCAUGGUUAUGAGCUGUGGAGACAUAAAGAAUGCCUACUUUUCAGGUCGAGGUAUAGGACGCGAGAUCUACAUCAGUCAGCCGCGUGGAGGUUUAAAGGGACUGCAUCCGAGACAACUAUUGAGGGCCAAGAAGGCGAUAUAUGGAUUUGCUGAGGCUGCUCGUUUAUUUUGGUUGGCUUUCUGCGAAGUAUUGGAGAAGGACGGAUGGGUUCAGUCUGUUUUGGAACCAGCUUUGUUAUACUUACGCGACAAAGCAGGCGCUUUGGUUGGUAUUCUAUGCACUCACGUGGAUGAUUUGCUGGCUGGAGUUCUAAAGAAAUACGAAGAUACGGCCUUCAGAUGCACGAGACAGAAGCUGAAUUUCUCGAAAUGGCUCAAAGAGGAUUUCGUUUUCAGAGGACGUGAUAUACAACGUUUACCUAACGGCGAUGUUGGAGUAACGAUGAAGGGCUACUCGCUGAACAUGAAGACGGUUCCGAUCCCUCGAGACCGGAAGAAGGAGUUGAUGAGCCCGCUUACCGACGACGAAGUGACAAGGCUACGGAAGGCUACGGGAGAGAUAUCUUGGUUGUCGCGGCAGCUUCGAGCAGAUUUAGCCUUUCAAGCGGGACAAGCUCAACGAGCCAUGGUGGCGCCGUGCAUCGCCGACCUGGUGAAGGUCAACAAGGGCAUCAACGACGGCAAGAGAGGCGCCGACUAUAUGCAGAAGUUCCCGAAGGGCAUCGACCUCAGUCGAGCUACGGUCUUGAUUGAAUGCGAUUCAGGACAUGCGGACGGCAAGCCCGAGAGUGACGAGAUCGCCAGGUACAAGAGCAUCGGUUGUCAUUUUCUCUUCAUAGUGGACCACGACGUGUUGUCGGGGAAGCUGGUGACAGCAGCUAUGAUGUAUUACAGCUCCAAGUCGACACAGAGAGUUUGCCGGAGCACGCUUGCAGCUAAAGCCUCACACCUUGCAGGUUCACUGGAGGCUGGUGAAUGGCUGUGUGUUUUACUUGAGGAGGUGUUCAACCCGAAGAUCGACUUGAAGGACUGGCAGAAGAUCGUGCUGCUAAACCCGAUCGAGCUGAAGCUGAUCGACUACGACGUGAACGAUCGGCCGCUGGAGUUCGAGAUGAAGACUUGCAGGGUGACUGAGAUGGCACCUUCGACCUUGUAUCUGUUCAUCCUGGCAGACCUAGUCCAAAGAUGCAGCCGAAUCGCCACGACGGCGCUCGAGUGGUUCCUCUCCGAGUUGGGCCGGCCAGGGACAAAUUCAGAGCGCCUUGAGUGCGCCUCGCUAUUCCUGCGCCACUUCGACUUCAUUGUCGCCCGGGAUCUGCGGGAGCCAGCGGACGUCAAUGACAUGGUGGCGACUUUUCCUCAGGACACCUCGCAGGUUCCCCCCGUCGUGAAGAGCCGGUUGCAAUUACUCGAGCAGGGCCAAUGGCAUCAAGCAGUUGUUGAUGCCAACGCAGACGCUGCAAAAGCCAGAGAGCGCGCUGCUACCAGGCGGGCCGCGGCCGCAGCUGAGGUCGCGCACGGCGAUGCCAGCACAGGCCGCUGGGUUUUCGGAAGCAGCGGGGUUCAUCCGCCCAGCCCCGAGACGGUCGACCUCCGAGAGGGCAAGUUCAUCGUGGACCCGACGCGCGACACCAUCGCGCAGCGCCCGGGUUUAUCGCAGCGGGCCGCACGAUGCAAGCCAGGGGUUGUGCAGAAUAAUCUUGUUAGUGCCGUCCUUGCCAAGACAGCGGAUGGCAGAGCUUCUGGCACGAGUGCUUGGCGAAACUCCAGACUCAAGAAUAUCGCCUCCAGCGAUUCUGGGCUGGCGACUUUGACGUCGUGGGCGCAAGCAUGGGUGUCGGGCACUGUUCCCGAGAUCAUGGCGGCGCCUUGGCGUGCUCUUCUUGGAGGCCCUCUCAGAAAAUGUAGUUGUGGCGAAGGCGUCUACUCCGAAUUUCCGUGUUCUGUUGGUGGUACACCCGUGAACCUGGAGUGCAUGGACGACAUGUUGAUGACGUUCGACCUCUCGUUAGCGUGCACGUGGCUGCCGUUGCUUACUGAUGCGCUGUUCACGGUAAGCAUGCGCCUCAACAUCACCAAGACGAAAGUGUGGGUUUUCGAUCGCCUGGAGGUGAUGGGGGACGCGCCAGACGGCCAGCUCGCCGCUUCAAUCGGCCACCCGGCCGCGCCGGCAGUCUCCCUAACGGAACAGGCGGAGAAGCCCGCGCAGACGAUGCAGCUCAUGCUUCAACCCUCACACCGAGCAGCGUGGACGUUGCUGGACGAGGUGCUGAACAAAGCUUUAGACUACGACUCCCGCGCGAAACGAUUUUUCAUGCACCUUGCGGGGGCGUCCCAGUACAUGCCCUCAACUGCGCAGAAGCUGCCGAACCACGAGAGCAUCGCUGACGCCAUUGAUCUUGACGGGGUGAAAGACGACAGCUUCAUCAUGGCCAUCAAGUUCAGUAUCGGCACGCCCAUCUAUACUGCCGAUCGCCUGCUGGACGGCACGGCUCGCGAUUCGGCAGCAUGCCACAUCAUCAGCUUCGCUGCUACCACCCCUGGGGCCGUCGCUGAAGAGGGAGCCCGGUGCAAGGAGGAGCGGUACAGGCCCACCGCCAGGAAGUCCGUGCUAUUGUGUGCGGUGGAGACGUGGGGCUACGUCGACAGCAAAUUCGCUGGGCUUCUGGGUGAGCUCGCGGUCCUCGCCUCGCAGAGGCAGAGGGGCCGCGGCGUGCUGCCAACCCGCUGGGGCGCCCAGUAG